GCAAAGGCUAACUCCCCGACCUUCAACUGAACAGAACUGAGAGCCCGCGGUGUGCUGGCAACACUGUCCCCAACACAAACACACCAGCGGCAACGGCGGUGGACAGCACGUGAAGGCCAGCGGUAGUGUUGACCGAGCCGCCCCAUCCUGGCACGAUGAGCAGUGAUGGUGAACUUUUCAAGUUCGACUCUGUGGAACUGUUGUCCCUGUACACCACCACAGUCCUUCAGCAACUAGUCACAGUUGUCCAACCUAUUGAGGAUCGUCUUCUUCACCUCAUCCAAGUUCUUGAGCAUAACCUGAAGAAUUUGAAGGUGGAGAGGAAGUGGUUUCUUGGCACACUGAGGGACCAUGCACGCCUCUUCAACAAGGAGUGGAAAAUGGGCAACACAGAUGGUCCAGACUUUGGGAAGAUAGCCUACAACACACUUCUGCUGGCAGUCGCCCUCAAAAUAGGGCUGGAAAAGCUUUGGGUGAAUGACGGCAACACCCCAGUCUUCAACGACAUGGUAAUGGAGCUGACUACUCUUUUACAUCCAAAGAAGAUUACAUUGGCCAUCAAACAACUAAACAGAAGUAAUCCUCUGUUUGACUUCUUAUCCAGUCACUCACCUGACCUUGAAGAAAUCAACAUGUACUGGAGUGAUGUUGCAGCUUUUCAAGAUUGCAUGAAGUUCAAGAACUUGCGUGUGCUGGAACUUGGGGGACGCAUCUCAGACAAGGUGCUGUGCAGCGGUCUGUGGAACAUUAACAAAAAAAGUGACAAAGUACUGGAAAUGGCCUUAAAGGAUAAUAAGGGGCCUGAGAGUUGGCAGCUGUCUCUCCCCAACCUGGAGGUUUUGCGGAACAAUGUCUUUGGUGACCACCACACAAACUCUAUGCGAGUAUCUCUUGGGGCAGCAGCACUCCUCAUACAGCCCAAGAUGGAGACAGUGAAGACACUCACCUGGGACACCAACCGAGCCAUCAUGCACUUAUUGGACACAGAAGCAAAGUUGAAGAACUCUUCUAGAAUUGAUAGAAAAUUUCGGCUGACAAAGUUGCUGGUCCGUUACCAUGAACACACUGACUUAGAGAAAGUGGAACGGCUCUUCAAGGCGUGUCCAUGCAUUACUAACCUGACCUUUAUCAUCACAACAAGCAUUAAGAGACAGCUGUCCCUACUGAUUGGGAUGAUUCCAGUGAAGCAGCUAACGAGGCUGGUGUUGGAUGCAACAGACUUGGACCACAUGGAGUUCACAGUACUGCUGGCAGAGAUGCCUAACCUGAAUGACCUCUUCCUGCACAUCACACCAGAUGCUGUUGCAAAUUACUAUAAGACUUCUAAGUUAACUCCUGAUGCCACUGCCUUGUAUGAUCCAUCACAUAAUACUCUACAAGUUCGGCUUGAUAUGUUACACCACAACCUUGAAACUCUGUCAUUGGACUUUAUUAGCACUGACAUGCAUAUGGAGCAGAGUCUUGAAAAUGAGGAAUUUGCUUCAUAUAUGAUUAGCUUCCUGCAAAAUUUUCCUUCUGUGAAGAGAAUGAACUUUUACAACACAGUGUUUCUUCCCCCACCCUUCUUGAUAUUUGGAUGCAUUGGCGGUGCACUAGCAACACUGCGCAAAAUGAAACACAUCACUGUCCAGUCCUGUAAUGAAGAUAUUCCUCGUGACAAACUGACGGACCCUGACGAUGGAUGCAUCUUUCCUAUUCUUGACUCCCAUUCUGUGCAGACCCACUACAUGAAGGCCAUCCUUAUGUUCCCCCUUCUCCAGAAAGAAACAACUUUCCAGUACCUGUGUACAUUGAAAUCUUUAGAACUGGAUGACCAGUAUUUUUCUCCAAGAGUGGAUCGGAUGGUGGCUGCUCUGAGGGCCUCAGGAGUGCUGGUCAAUGGCCUUUACCGCACUGCCACUGCCACUCCAAGAUCAUUAGGUGUGGACGACAUGAUACAAGCCCUUAAUUCAUAAAGAUUUAUCCAUCUAUGUUAUUAAGUUGGGAAAUGUACUUUAUCUUGAACAGUU